UCUUUCUUGUGGUCGUUAGCGAUGCCUGAAAAAGCUGCAGAGUGAGACAUCUUACUUGACAUAAAAAAAAAAAAAAUCUCCCAGCAUCCCCCGGGUGUGUUGACCUGCGGUUCUUUCAAACAUGGAGGAGAGGGAAAGAAGCGAAGGAAAGAAAAAAAGUCAAGAAACCAAAUCAACAGAAUCACCAGCUGCCGACACUGAGUCAAGGACGGACCGGACAUCAGGCGAGAGUGACGCGGAUAAACUCGACGUCUGUUCGGAUCACUUUGACCCUCUGGCCGCCCUGUACUCCCCCACUGUAUCAGUACCGUUCCCAAACGUCAAGUGUUUUAACAAUGUGGCCGCGUACGAGAGCUUCCUGAAGGGAGGCCGGGGCCGAGCCAAGCCGGAGAAUGUAGAGAAGAGGAGGCUGAAGGCGAUGAGAGGGGUGGCGGACCCUGAACGGAUCGAGAGGCUGAAGAAGCUCAUGGUUAACAAGGCAGAGUCAGAGGAGGGGGAGAGCAGCAGAGCUCCGCGGGGCCGGAGGCACAAGCCCCAGAAAAACGUCCUGACCAGGAUGCCCUUGUGUAAAGGCAGUCCACUAGGGGAGCUGUACCGAUGUGUGGAGGAGAGAAUACGGGUCAAAGUUCACAUCAGGACCUUUAAAGGGAUGAGAGGAGUGUGUUCUGGCUUCAUCGUGGCCUUUGAUAAGUUCUGGAACAUGGCUCUGGUGGACGUUGAUGAGACGUUCAGGGAGCCUCUGUUUGGAGAAGCCCUCUACCAUGAGAAAGCUCUCACCGUGUUCAGGCUCUUUGAGAAGCUAAACCUCCAAGAGAACUCUGGAGACGAUGAGUCAGCAAAGAAGCACAGGUCAAAGGAAGGUGUGAUCAAACCUGUGGCCCCUGUGACCAGGACGGUCCAGUCAGACACUGGUGAAGACCAACAGGAUAAAAACAAAGUUUCUCUGAAGGCCUCACAGAAAUACGGCCGAGUUCACACACGCCACGUCAACCAGCUGUUCAUCCGAGGGGAAAACGUGAUUCUGGUCAAUCCACAGCCGCUCUGAAGACGUCCGGUCAAAAACAGGUGUUUGGUUGAUGAGGACUGACAAGAAUCAAACUGUUGACUAUGUUUGUAUCAUAUUGAUAUGGUGUUUUUUUCUUCAAUUUGAAAGAGAAAUUAAUAAAAAAGUUUUUCAUUUGUUACUUUCUCUUCUAUUAAUACUAAAGCCAAUAACCUGUAAACUAUAGAGCCAACAGAAAGAUCAGUUAAACCUUGGAACUGUUCAGAUGUUACAGUACAGAAACAAACCUUUUACAAAUCAGUGACCUUGUUACUGUCGGGGCAGAGCACCAACCACUCCACCACCGUGUGACCCCCUUCUCUUCCAUUGUCCUCUAACAUGAAACUUCCUGACGCUGCUUCGCCAGUGCGUGUGUGUUGGGGUUUGGGCCCAGCAGGGGGCAGCCUACACGCAUGCGUCAGUGCCAUCACGUCGCUUCUCUCUUUUAGUUUGAACAGCGCUGACAGCGCAGUCUCCGCGGACUUCAUAAAUGCACGAUGAAUAAUUGAGUGUGUGAAGCUGGAGAUUACAGACGGCACUCAGAGCCUGUCAUUUGUCCUGACGUCUCCGAUUGUUUCCACUCUUUAAUGGCCACAUUAGCCGUAACUGCAGUGUUUACUGCAUCAGCGGAUGUUGUUGUUGUCUUCACAGACGUCAGCGGAGGUUGAGGAUGAUGAGCGACACCGGCUCCUUCUAGUUCUUCUUCAUUGGACAUCAGGGGCUCUCAUUAACUCUCUUAUAAAUAGGCCAGGCUCCGUCAGCAGAUGAACCGCUGCUGCUGCUGCUCCACAGCCUUUUCAUUUAAUGUAUGAGAAUAUUAUUAGGAAAGCCCAUUUAGCAGCUGCCCCGGGGGGAUUAGAAUGGGGGCAAUUAUUUAAUGUAAGUUGUGUUAUAGCCGUGUUUGUCACCUAACAAACCUUUCUACGACUACUGUCUAAUUAUACUGAAGUACUGGGACAGUUACAACACUGUGACAGAACUGUUGUUUUUACUCAUAAAUAAUGACGUGACCAUGUGGUGAAGCGGACCACAGUUCGGACUGUAACCCUGACCUGCUGUGGUCGGCUCCGGCUCCACUCAGCUGUAGAACGAAGUAUAAAUACACGGAAAAUACUCACCUUAAACCCAUCACAUAACCACAGCUGAGGCCGAUGACAAACUGACCAAAAACAAAACAUCAUCCGUUAACAGAUGUCAAUCAACUGUUUAAUGUUGUAAAUAAAGAAUCUUCAUAUUUAAAUCAAAUCAACAAAAAAAUGCAAAAUUUUCUUUAACAAUUGCAUAUACUAGUGUUUUAGUAACAAUUCUAUUUCAGCGGUCCAAAAGAUUCGAUGUAAAAAAAAAAAAAAA